AUGAAUAUUCAACAGCUGGAGGCGUGUGGCCGACUGCUGUGUUGCGUGGAGCGACUUUGUGGACGUGGUAAUGCCGUUGAGGAGGGUGAGCCUCAGCAGCCGUUACGUAGACGAGGUGCAAGAGACCUCGAGGGCCCAUCGGGAAGUGAAGAUGGGAUACUUCCGGUGCCCGUUAGCCCGAGCCCAGCAUCGACAUCAUCACAGGAAGACUCGUGCAAACCACUGCCCAGAAACUGCUAUCGUCUCAUUGUACUUGGCAGUGCACGAGUUGGCAAAACUGCCAUUGUAGCACGAUUUCUCUCAAACAAAUUUGAGGAAAGUUACACCCCAACAAUCGAAGAUUUCCACCGUAAACUGUACAGAAUUCGUGGUGAAGUUCACCAGUUGGAUCUCUUGGACACGAGUGGUAAUCAUCCAUUUCCUGCCAUGCGACGGCUCUCUUUCCUGACUGGUGAUUUAUUCGUCGUGGUAUUCAGCAUGGACAGUCGGGAGUCCUUCGAGGAGGCAAUUAGACUACGUGAGGCAAUAUUGGAGACUAAAAUAAGCGCCAUACAAAGCGGAAAGAGCAGAAGCAAAAGCCACCACAGCCUUAAGGUACCGAUGGUCAUCGUAGGUAAUAAAUGCGACCGUGAUAUAAAGGUCGUUACUGCUGAAGAGGCCCAACAGUACUGCGCAACCCAGGACGAGUGUUGUGUAUUUGUGGAGGUGUCAGCAAAACGUAACUACCACGUUGAUGAACUUUUUUAUCAGCUCUUUGUUGUGGCUGGAUUGCCACUUGAAAUGGCACCAAAUCAUCACAGAAAAGUGCCAUUAACAUUCGGCUCACCGACAAUGCUACCACCCUCUCAGCCACGGCACAAGGCAACGUUAAGUAUUAAACGUCGGCUGAGUGAUGCCUGCGGCGUCGUAGCUCCCAAUGUACGACGUCCUAGCAUCAGAACGGACUUGAUGAUUAUGAGGACCAAAACGUGUUCCCUUGCCGCUGGAAAUGAGAAUAUUACACCUGGCUCAAGAAUUACCCUGAGGUCAUCGGAGCCAGUCAGGAGUUGCGCCAUUCAGUGAUAUAAUAUUAAUUAUUGAAUUAUUGUCAUGAUUGAAAUUGUGGAGAAGCGAUGCUCGCACGACUCGAGUUAUUUUAGAAUGUGAUGGGACAAUCGUCGAUUGGAAAAUAUCUAUUUUAAGCUUUUGAAGAAAUUAACAAAUUUUUAAGUGAUAAAAGUUGAAUUGUGUCGAUGAUUUUGUUGGAUUAUCUCGGUAAGAAGUGGAUAUAGAGGAAAUUUUCAUGAUAGUUCAUUACUCAAGUGCGAUAAAGACUUUUUGCCGAGUUUGAGGGAUGGAAAACAAACUGCAAGAGACCUUUACAGUCAGACCAGUCAGAUAAUCUAUACCGUACGUGCUAAUGUGUGUAAUUCGGCAUUUACUGCACGGAGUGAUGUAAAAUAUUUUUUAUUGCAAAUUUUUGCUGUCAACAAAAGAAAAUUCUUGUGACAAUUUAUCGUAUUAUCUAGUAUUACCAAGAUAACACCGAAAAUAGAAAAAACGACUGGUUCAUAUUGUCUAGGAUUUUUCCUUCAUCUUUGAUGAGCAUGAAGUGAUGCCUAAGGACCUUCAGUUUUAACCAUCAACUGGAAAGGUUUAAUUAGUAAGGGUUAAACGACUUUCACGGAUGUUUGAAAUAAAAGGUCAAAUAGAAGGUCAGGCAACCAUUCAGAAUUAAAGGUCUUGUGAUCAGAGUGCAUAGGGCAAAGGAAUCGGAUAAGAUCAUUUGAUUCGUAAAGCUACGCCCUUAUUUCAAGGACUCCAUUAAAUUAAGAUAAAUAGUCGUUUUUUCUGAUAUUUCCUUUAUCCCCCAUAUCCCUUUUCUCCUUGUGAAUAUAUCUGGAUUGAAAACGAGCGGAAUUGUUAUUCAAAGGGAAAAUAAUUAAGAAAUGAAUAAACAAUUGAAAAUUUCACUAUCUCCAUUAUAUAUGGAGAUUUUCAACAGAAAUUACAAAUAGAUUGUGAGUGAAUCGAUCAAUAUCGUUUCAUCUCUCGACCAAUGAAUAAAUAAUUUCUUAUUUUUAUUUAAACACAUGACAAACACAAUCGACACCAUGAAUAAAAGUUGAAACGCACACGAUUGACAACUUCCGAUUGAGCAUUAGUGAUAAAUAGAUUAAUCGAGGAAAAAAAUCUAUAUUUGAUCAUUGACUUCUCUUUCUACUGUAUAUAAGUAUGAGCGAACAAUAACGCAUUGAGCGUAUGAAAUAUGGUAUUCAAUAAUACGAAUAUUCAGAUAUUUCAAUGGUUUAUCCGACACAGGAGAAUAGCAACAUUGAACCCUUCGUCCAACGUAUGAAGUUUUCUAACACAAUGUGCGCAAGUUUUUGUUCGGGCAGUUUUUUCAGCACAUUGUUAUCGAGGAAUAAAAUAGUGAUUCAAGGGGUUGUAUCGCGUGAGUUGUGGCCACAUGAACAAGUUUUUCCAGGGUUCGAAUAAAUUUUGAUCCGUUGCUUUCAAUUUGGGAGAGUGAAAAAAAUUUUAUAGGAAAUUUUUUUUGCAGAUGAUUUUUUUAACGGCAAAAAAGUUUUCAAUAAAAUAGAGAACCAAACGACCAUUAAUGAUCCUUUCGGAUCAUUCUGCUGAAAUCUACAUUCGAACAUUCUUUAGGAUUGUUCGAUCCUUAAUACCGCGUUAGGAUUUUACGUUCACGUGACAUCAAGGAUGAUUUGACCGUCAAAACUCACUAGAAUUACAAAUAAAAAAGAGAAAAAUCUACUUUGUUCUUAUUUGAAAAUUCCAUGAUGUUCAGGGGCAAAUGAUUGUCAAGAUCAAUCAAUCCUCAACCCUCAACAUUCUUUAAACUAAUUCAAGCCUCGGAUAUAAACAAAUCGAGAGUUAAUUUGCCUCUGCGGAAAUAACGUUACGAUUAAUUGUCCCGGCUCGUGAAAUUACUGUUGUUCAUUCACUAAAAAAUCGGUCAUUCAGAUGUUGGACGAGGUAUUCAUGAAUUCUCCCAUAUAUCAGUUUUCAAAUAUAAUAGUAAUGAUAUCGUUCAGAUCGCCUUAAUUAAAUCUGUACCUAUUUUAGAUGAACACAUUGUUGGAAGUUGAAAAAACUAAAAUACCAACUGCGGGUUGAAUUUUCUUGAUAUUAUAAACUAACAAGUGCGUCACACAAUGAACCAAUUACAUAUAAAUAAUAUAUUAUCUGUACAUAAUAAAGAAACAUUUCGUAGUUGUAUGAGUCUACAGUAUUGUAACUGCAGUUAACUCAUGAAAAAUAAACAACAUUUUGACUUUA